AAACCGCGUGUCAAACGCGUAUCUGAAAUUAAUGCUAAAUUUACACGCUUCGUCCGUGACUGACGGAUGGAGCGUGGGAAAAGUGGCUCCUCCGAGCCGGCAGUCCCGAGACGCCCCCAUCGGGCGAAGCGCUCCACGCCGCCGCACGCCCUGGUGCAGACGCUGCGCGCCAGGUUCGAGCCGGACGGGAGGAGGACGGGAAGUGAAUCCGGAGGCGCGGUUUCUGACAAGCGAACGUCGGUUCUUGAGCGAGUCCAGCAAUACGACGCCUUGAAUGGUAGCAUGCAGCAGCCGGCCGCGCCGCUCAAACCUCCGCGCACGUUCGUUCACGACAUCUACACCAAGAUGAAGUGGCGCGCCCGGCGCACGGCCGACGACUCCGUGGUCGCUCACGACUACGACGAGGUGUGCAUGCGGCGGAGUCUGAGCGACGAACACAUCUACGCGGAACCCGGCGCCAGCCGCAGCGGUGCAGAGCCGCGGGAGCUACACUACAUGAGCUCUCCGAUAUCCAGUGUUGUUCCAGACGGGCCAGGAGUGCAGCGGGGUGUCACAUCACAGAUCAGAGAUGCUAUCCGGCAGUCCUUCACAAUGGCCUGGCAGCAGCUGUCUCAGAAACAGAGGCUGGAUGAUGGUGACACACAGCAGGCAGACAACAGCAGUGAGGUAUCCAUCAAGGACGUCCAGAAGAGACUCAUCUAUGUCAGGUCUAUCAAAAGGGGAUACACAUACAAUGCAUCAUGCGAAGGCUGUCAAGAUGGGACGGAGAAGCUGUUUGAGUUGGUGCUGCUCAUUGGCUACCGGAGCGUUAACCCCAGUAUGUCUCCACAACCUGACGUGCUGUACUCUUUUCCUAAGGAGACAAACUGUCCUGGCUAUGACCCUGUGGUGAUUGCUCAUCUUUGUAUGCCUCAAGAGUUUGACUCUCAGCAUGCUACCUCACACGAAAGGUGCCUGUUCUUUUUUACACUAGUCCGGGAGAAUGGCGAGAAGACAUUUUUCCACUGCCUGCAGACAUCUGAGGUGUUGCAGAGCAGGAUGAUGCAGAAUCCUGUGGUGCUGUGUCUGGCAACCAGAGCAUCUGCACCAGCCUUCUACCACAAGCUGCUCACCGACCUGGAGGCUCCCCUGAAGCAGCUGUCGGAGUCGGGGUGGACACGGCUGUUGUCCUUGCUGGCCGAGAAAAGCCUGCCCCUACCUGGCUGCAAUCUUUACUUGGGCUAUGGUGACGUUUCCACUACCCGACCUCUUGAUGACAAGUUCGAGUGGGCACAGCUGACACCAUUGCUUGCAAUGCUGGAGCCGCCCGUGCUAAUGAGGAUUGUGUCAUCACUCAUCCUUGAGAGGAGGAUUAUCCUCGUCUCGGAAGACAGCAGGCUGCUGCGAAGCUGGCUCGAGUCUGUGGAGUGCCUGACAUACCCGUUUCGGUGGCCGCAUGUGCGGGUGUGUCUGGUACCGAAGAGCCUGCUGGCCCUGUGCUCCUCAGCCGAGCCGUACUUGCUCGGGGUGCACGCUUCUAUGGCCCACACUGCACUUGAGCUGCUUUCAGGACCGGUGCUGGUGGUGGACGUUGAUCACGGUGCCUUGCUGUGUGAAGACGAGGACAAUGUUGAUGUCAUUCCCAACAAGUUGCGGCACUCUCUUUGCACCGCACUCAGCCUGGCCAAGAACAUGACCGAUCCAACGGGCCGAGUGCGGGACAUGAUGAUAACGGAGGCCUUCGUUCGUCUGUUUGUCGAGCUGGUGGGGCAUUGUGACCAACACAUCAUCCUAUCGGACGACCUCAAGGAAUCUACGUUUCACCGUGACGCUUUCAUGCGUGCCCCUUCCUCACGAGGUGCGCAGAUGUUCCUGCAGUGGUUUGUAGAAACAGAGGCAUUUGAACAAUUCCUCCGUGAACGAACACAGCGCUUACGACAGCUCGCGCGCACUCCCCAUCACCACCUGUUGCCCAAAGGGCUAUUCGAGCGGCGGGCAGGGGAAUACUUACUGGACCUUGAGCAGACGACCCGCUCUCUGCGUGACCUUGGCAAGAAGGUCAAGACAAUUGGUGAAAAGUUCCGGAACUUGAAGGCCUUUUAUCGAGAGUGAAGCGGACGGCUCGUCGCUGCUCUGCAACUUGGAAGGCUUUCGUGAACAAAAUGAACGGCCAUUGCGAACACAUGCCUUUGGAUUUUAUGCGCUA